AUGUCUGAUAUCAUGCUUUUUACAAGUUAUGAAGAUGAAUUACAGAGAAUGUUACUUCCGCAAAAUGUACAAAUAAAAUCUUAUUUAGAAGAGGACGAUAAUACUAAGUUAAUUCCUACAGAUAUCUAUCCGAAUAAUGAUGACUCAUAUGACUCAUAUCUUGACUUAUAUGAAAAUGAUUUAUAUAAGAAUAUAAAUAUCAAAGAAAUCGAUGACAAAUUUCUCUCGGAUUCAGAAGUAAACAAAAAAUAUUGUAAAAAAGAAAAAGAUUGCAGAUUUUUAUUCAUGUAUUAUCAUUCAGGACAAGAAUCAAAAGCCAAUAUACAUUUAAAAACAUUCUCUCAUAUAGCCGGUAUUCUCGAUCGAACUAUGGUUUUGACUAAUGUUGGACGUUCACGUAUUGAGUCAUGUAAUCAAUUUCCUUUCGAAUUUUAUUAUAAUUUAAAUGCUUUACGAAAACUUUUUCCCAAAGUUAAUUUUAUCUCUCAUAUUCAACAUUUACACCUUUCUCAUGAUGACUCAUUAAUGCCGAUAUUAGAACAGGUCGAUCCAAUUAUUGAACCAGUAACACAUAUCAAUUGUUUUAAUAAAUUUGAUAUUAAAUUUGAUAAUUCAGCUAAAUUUCACCGAAUUUUAAUUAAUUCUGAAGUUUUAUUACAAGUAAAUGAUGGGAACGACUCCUCAACUUUGUUGAUUAAAAAAUUAAUGGAUUCAGAUGCAGAAAUAUUGUUGAUAAAAGAUGAUAUUGGCAAAGAAAUACUUACACAAACGUAUUCUGCUAUACCAUAUGCAAAUCAUAUUAUUAAAGAAGCUUUGAGAAUUAAAAUUGCGUUGAAAUCAUAUGUUGCAGUAUAUUGGCGUAUGGAAGGAGUGAAUCCAGAGAGUUUACCAGAAUGUGCAAAACAACUUAGUAAUACAUUACAAUAUAUUCGUGAAAUUCACGGAAUUAGUAAUGUUUAUUUAUCAACAGAUUAUCAAAUCUCUACAGAAUUAAAUGAUUCAUUUUCACAUUUGACUGAAUAUUACAAUCAAGCUAUGAAAAUUUUAAAUUCAACAACAGAUAUUAAUAUUUAUUCUCGAAUAUCAUUUGAUACAUUUGGCAAACUUAGAAAUAGAAUAGGUAAUAACGAUGAGUUUAUAGCAACUGAUGGUGUUCAACGGAUAUUAGAUCGAAUUGUCUGUAUAGAUGCUGAUUAUUUUCUGAGCGGACCAGCUAAUUGUUGUGAGCAAUUAAACACAUUUAUAAAAAACAGUUGUUAA